AUGGGUUUGCCCCGUCCAAAUGAUUGUGGAAUUGCCGCAAGGUUUUAUGAAAAUCCCGAGAUUAUAGCCAAUUUCGAUCCAGUGAGGACAUGGCUUACAAGAAACCACAAAAAAUAUACCCAGGCUGAACCACCGACCAACAAAAGUCUUGCUGGUCUCUGUUACAGCCUAUUGAUGUUUCAGGAGCAGCACUUUGGAAAGAAUGGCUCUCCUCCGAAGCUACCGUCAAGAUUGUUCGUGGACUUUAAGCCUGGUGGUUCUUUGUGCUACAUAUUUCUUAUAUGUUUGAAAUAUCGUCAUGACCAGGGGUGGCGAAAGCUAGAUUUUAGUUCUCCGAGAAUUGAUAAAUUUGUGGAAAUGUUUGACAACAUUAAACGAGAAUUAGCCCAUCAACACUUGUGGUCGAAUCCAUGUGUAUAUUUUGUUAACAUUGAUGAGCCGCUUGUUAGCCGCUUGCGAGAUAGUGCUAUGUUCUUGGGUGCUGCCAUUGCCAAAUCCCCUGAAGAAUCAACACAUAUAGUUCACUCUCCUCCUGACAACUGGCCUGGGAAUGCUCGUGAUGAUUCAGUUUGCCAACGGUUUCGACUUAUCUUCAAGGAGGGUCGCGGGCUUCUCUUGCACUGGCUUUUCUCUCCUGGUUCUUUUGAUACUUGGCAUACAAACCUCCCCGUUGAGUGGCCGAUGAACAUUGAACCUGAGCCUAGAGUUCCCGGAGGCACGCCUUGGAAUGUUGAUGCUAGGUGGCUUCUUUACUCUGCCGAUUAUCGUGAAUGGAUGUUGGAGGAAGAUUUCCUUCACUCUGGUGGUUCAAUUCGUCCUCGUAAAUCGUUCACUUAUGAGGAGUUCUUGGAGGCAGCUAACGCACAACAAGUGCAGACACCUGCUUCCGCAUGGACUAGCUCUUUCUCUGCCUCCUCCCUUUCCGCUUCUCCUCACAUAGUGGCUGCUCCUUCCGUCGCUCCUCCGACGCCCACUGAAUCCAAUUACAAGAAAAAGCGGAAACGGUCUCCAUCCCCCUCAAGUGAAUCCUAUGGAGGUGGCGGGGCUGGCAAGAAGCGCCGACACGGCUCUAUUGUUCCUUCCGGCCCUUCUUCCAAACUUAUCUCCUCUGCCAGGAAGAUGAAAAAAGAAGACUACAUGGAACUUACUCCCGAGGAUCAGAAGGAUGAGAAUACUAAUGACACCGGCGAUUUGACACGUUCCUUAGAUGACCCAGAGCCGCCAAACAAAGUGACUCAAGUAGCCCCUGGCACUCCCGUUAGCUUGACAUCGAGGAAUUCGCGCACUUCGCUUGCUACGGCUGAUCUGUCUGCUGGUGAUCACCACAUGAGCUCCGACCAUCCCAGCGAGGCCACCGGAGCUACCGAAGUCGUUGGCAGUGGUGCAGGCGAUCAGGUAGGAGUUGGGGACCUAAGCGUGAUAGAGCAGGCACAUUGCAUCGUUGUUCCCUCCUACUCCGCCUGGUUCGACUACAACGCCAUCCACGCCAUCGAACGUCGAUCUCUACCUGAGUUUUUUAACGGUAAAAACAAGAGCAAGACUCCCGAGACCUAUCUGGCAUACCGCAACUUUAUGGUUGACACAUACCGACUCAAUCCUCAAGAAUAUCUUACCUUCACGGCUUGUCGACGUAACCUUACAGGCGAUGUAUGCAGUGUACUUCGCGUACACGCUUUUCUUGAACAAUGGGGUCUAAUCAACUACCAGGUUGCAGCUCCAUUACUGCCCUCCGGCGGCACUGCGCAAAUGCCUUCUGAGGCCGCCCGUCUAGCCGUGGCUGCAAGUCUUGGUCCACCAUCCACUGCCCACUUUAACGUUCUCACCGAUAGUGCUAGCGGUUUGCAGCCUCUAGGUAGCCAGAACCAAGCUGCUAUGGCAACCCUUGCUGAGGAAGCGGCAAAACAGUCCAAGGAACAGUCCUCUGAAGUGGGAAAGACAGAGGGGACUGAUAGUGAGGUCAAAACUGGCGUCAAACCUGAAAUCGAUUUGGAGGGCCGAUCCUCUACGAUACAGCUAGGACAGACAUUGCCUGUGGGGUCGGUGGUGUCUGGAGGCGGAGGUCCUCCUCCAUCAACCGGUGAUCCUCUCCUCCGUAGCGAUCAAUAUUUGUUGGGCAAUAGCGAUGCAAGUGGAGUUGCGGGUACCAUGACGACCAACCAAAUCCUCACAAAGGGUGCCACAAAAGACGGGUGGACGGAUCAGGAGACUCUACUCCUUCUUGAGGCUCUUGAAAUGUACCGAGAUGACUGGAACAAGGUGGCGGAACACGUGGGCAGUCGUACACAAGAUGAGUGCAUUCUCCACUUUCUUCGCUUGCCCAUAGAAGAUGCCUAUCUGGAGGGCGAUUUUGGUAGUGUCUGCUGCUCUGCGCUGGCAGACGCCGCCCACCCUCAACCACCUUUCUCUAAAGCGGGAAACCCCAUCCUCUCCACUGUGGCAUUCCUCGCCGCCGUGGUUGAUCCGCGUGUUGCUGCCAGCGCAGCUUCAGCGGCACUGAAGGAGUACGCCCAGAUGCGUGAGGAGGUUCCAGCAGGUCUGCUACAUGAGCACAAGGCUCGAGUUCAGGCUGCCGUGCGCAUGGGUCGUGAGGUGGAUCCCACCAAGUUUGGUCUCGAUGAGCUAGGCAUUGUAAAAUCGGAGGAUGGUAAAAGGAGAACUACUGGGGAAGGCGAGGAGGAACAACAACAGUCGAAGGAGGAAGCCUCGGGAUCUGUAGAGAAGUCAUUGGAAGAGAUGAAUGAGAGCGCAAUCGCUCAGAGGGGAAGCAGUAGGGGUGAGGGAGAGACGAAAUCGGUUGAAGGCGAAGCGGGACAGGAGGAAAAGGAGGCAGAAACGGAGGAAGAGGUAAAAUCAGAACAGACGAAGCUGGAGGUAGACGAAGCGGCGUCAGUGAAGAACUCAGUGGAGGCUGGUGUCGGAAAUGAGGGCGGAGCCAAAAAGAAGUCAGGUACGGCGUCAACAAACAGUCUUCCACCAAACCUCGACAGCCUGGGAACCGCUGCAGCUUGUGCCUUAGCUGCAGCCGCAACGAAAGCACGUCACCUAGCCAGCGUAGAGGAGAAACGCAUCAAAGGCCUAGUCGCGCAACUAGUGGAAACACAGCUCAAGAAGCUCGAUAUCAAGCUCAAACAGUUCCAAGAGCUAGAAGCUAUUCUUGAACGCGAACACGAGAUGCUGGAGCAGGCGCGUCAACAGUUAAUGCAUGAUCGACAAGCCUUCCAUAUGGAAGUAAUUAAAACUAUGGAGAGCCAGGCUCGUGCAAUUGUUCAGCAACAGCAGCAACAACAAGUUGUGGUUCAGCAAACGGCAACGAUGUCAUCUCAGGUGACAACGCAACCCCCACCGCCCCCACCACCACCGAAUAUUUCGCUUCAGCAGAUUCGACCACAACAAGUGCAGCUGCCUCCGCAACAACAGCAGCAAUUUCGUCCCCCAUUCAUUCAAGCCGCUCCGCCGCAGCUGCGUCCAGCUCCGAUGGCGCAGACAAGGCCAUCAGAGAUCACUCCCGGUAUGGUUGUUGUUGGCCCACCAAAACUAGCACCUUCAGCGAUCCCGCCAAUGUCGAUGGAACAGCAACCGCAGUUACAGCAGCAGCAGUCAUCACUCAUGGCCGUUCAAUCGAUUCCUCAGACGGGAAUGCCUGAUAUCACGAUGAAGGCCGAGUCGAAGGCGCCAAUAGACGAUGAGAUGUCUUCUGCUGCACAACCACCGACUUCGUUGCUGACAGAAGAGGGUGAAGGAAACAAAAAGGAGGAGCUCUCUAUGUCGGUCGAUGCACAACAGCAUUUGUCACAGCCCAUGGAACGGGACGAUAAUGGAGGACAUGGUGUCGAAGAGACAGGAGAAGGCGAGAAUGAAAUCGGGUGUGUGGAGGGUGAAGAUGAAGGCGAGGAUGAGGUUGUGGAAGAUGAGGAAGAAGACGAUGAAGCGUGA